CUAUCGCGAAUCUACACACUCCUUUUCAACGAUAUACCAGCUCUAACCCAUCAGAACUCAUCCAACGCUCCAACCAUGAAACUGUUCGUCGUCGUUGCCCUUGCCCUGGUCGGUACGGUGGCCGCUCAGUCGUACACCACCAAGUACGAUAACGUCGAUGUAGAGGAAAUUCUGAAGUCGGACCGCCUGUUCAACAACUACUUCAAGUGCCUGAUGGAUGAGGGCCGCUGCACUCCGGACGGUAACGAGCUGAAGCGUAUCCUGCCGGACGCGCUCAAGACGGACUGUGCCAAGUGUAGUCCAAAGCAGCGCGACGGCGCGAUCCAGGUGAUCGAUUACCUCAUCAAGAACCGCAAGACGCAAUGGGAGACACUGCAGAAGAAGUACGAUCCGGAAAACAAGUACCUCGAGAAGUAUCGCGAUCAGGCCAAGAAGGAGGGAAUCGCGCUGGAAUAAGACGGCUCAACGUGUGAUCGUGACGAUUGGUGAGCAGUGAUCCGGAAGUGGAACCAAGGGCAGAUGGGCCUUUGCCGCAAACCCAAACAAACCACCUCAAACACUUAACGCCAGUGGUGUUUCCUAUAGCGAGCGAUACAACAACUUUCGUGUCCUUUCCGUAUCGCACUCGUUUUACCACAUCCUGUCCAUGAGUCUCUCUCUGAGUACUGGUUCUUCUCUUCACCGAUCAAGGACACCGUCAGUGAGGCGUGCAAAUGGACGGAGGUGCUCAACGCCGAAAUACUUCGUUAGGAGUUAAGCGUGAAAGUUCCAAUGCUCUAUUGAACUCUAACCCCUUUUUGUGAUAUCGUUGUCUGUAGAGUACUCACCGCUAUAAAGAUGGCCAUUUUAUUUGUUUUUUUUUUAUUGGUAUAUUGUUACGUUAUGUUUUUAUGAUGUUUACUCGUCGUCUAGUGCGACAACUCAGUAGAAAUUUUGCGGAAGUCCUACAACAACAUAAACAGGAUAUAGCUGAGCAAUAAAUCCAAUGAUCGAUACUU